CUUCACGUGGCUUUCUUGUGCCCUUGUUCGGACCUAAAGACACCUUGAAAGGAAACAGUAAACUCUAUGAAGGAAAGUGAGAUUUCACCAUUUGUGUAAGGACUUGGAGAGAAACCCAGCUGGGAAGAUCAGCAGAGUCAUCUCGGGGGUGCUGUUUAAACAGCUGUCAGAAGAAGGUACAAUUAUGAGUUCGGCCAAUUUUUCCAGCAUGGAAGAAAUCUCUUUAGACGAUGUGGACAAAAGCAGCAUGGAAUAUAAGAUGCUGAUGGUCUAUGUCCAACGCCGGCUGCCUGCUAGCAAAUACGGCCAACUUCUAGAAAGGGAAGCCAAGGGCCAGGAGGGUUCAUCUCCGAUCAGACUGGAGGGACCAGAAGCCACCCCGGUAGAACGAGGGAAAGCACCCCAGGACUUGCCUCCUGGAGAUUCCAAAUGCCCGUCUAGAAAGAAAAGCCAAAAGAAGAAGAGAAGAUCCAACUUGAAACGCCUUUUCUUGCCUUCCUGUCUUCGGGGGCAGCCUGGAGAGGAUCCCAGGAAGAGUGAAGUGAAUGGGAAGCAGCCACCGCCAUUUCGUGGUCAAGGGGAUUCUGGCAUCACUCGUGUGGCCGACAAGCUUGCUGAGCUAGUUGAUCAUUCCAGGUUCAACGCUGGAGGGAUAGAAUUCAGAGGAUUAGACCGUACUGUGAGCCUCGAGGAAGAUGGCAGAACGGCCUCCAAAAUGGCGUGCCAAGGUCCUGAGGAUGAUGGAAAAGACCAUGAAGAAAAGAUUAUUGACACCAUCGUUGCCUUGUUAAGAAAAUCAGGAGAUGAGCUGGAGGCACAGAUGCAAAAGGACAAGACCUUCUGUUCGAGCUUCUGGGAUUUGAUGUCCUACUCGUUCUUCAGGAGAAUUGCCAAUCAGUUCUUGAAGGAAAUUCCUGUGGACCCUGUAAGAGACUCGGAGGACCACGUGCAGAGUACUAGAGCAGCUUACGUGAUGGAAGUCACAACCCGGCUGACGGCUGUCGACAACCAUCCCAUGAAUCUUGUGCUGGGCUUUGGAACGAAGUACCUCAGAGAAAACUUCAAGCCUUGGGUCUGCAGCCAUGGAGGAUGGGAAAAAGCGUUGGGAUUAUUGGAUCAAGAUGAAGUGGAAUAAUGAAAGACUGUGCGUUUCAGGAGAUGGUUCUGAAUCUGGAAUUGCCCGUUUAGUGAAGAAGAAAGAGAAGAAUACAACUUUGGGGGCGAAUCACCUCAAAGUGUGUUUGGUACCUCUUACGUAGCUUUCUACCCUCCUAAGCUGGAUUUAGGAGGGUGUAACUCUGCUUAUGAUGGUACAUUUUUGGUAUAUGGCUUCUUGGAACUGAGGAGUUGCUCAAUGCAUUCCUAGUGAAACUGGGUACGCUUCUCUUCAGAAGAGGGGAACAUAUUUUGCUGUGACAUCCCAGUUUUUGAUUUGACGUGUAUUUUGGGGAAAGGAGAGAAGCCCUCAUUUGCCUCAUAUGUGUUUAUAAAGAAAAUAGCCAAGAGAAAUUAAAAAGCUGAAGACUGGAGGAGGAGGGCAGACAUGUCAGUUCUGACAUGGGGCUUUGUAUAGGGGCACGAUUUCAGCAGCUGGGUUUGCCCCAGUAGCCUUCAGAGAAUGGGGAGAGUCAACUAGUUCAGAUCUUGCUGAGUCUUACUUCAGACCAAGUGGACAAGCAGCAUGCUGGGAUUAAAGACCACAGAGGAUUUUCUUGAGUUGUCUUGCCCUGUUUAUUCUCCCCUUCAGACAAAGUUCUGCAUGCAGGAACACAUUUACAGAGAGGAGUGUUUGGAGGUAGGAAAUACCUUACCUGCAUCCUGGUGGGACAAUCCAGCAGGCGCUCCAAGUCCUAUCAUCCAAGAAAGGGCAGUGUCACGGAAAAGGAUGAAACCUAGCUAUGGAAAAGCAUAAGAUCGUGAAAACACUGCAAUUAAAUACAGAAUGUAAACCAGUAAUGGGGAAGGUUAAGAGGGUCAGAAGCAAGCCCUUUCUGAAAUUUUGUCAAAGGGCUCUCGAGUUAGUUGCCAGAAUUAUCUGCGCCUGUUGUUGCUCAUCUCAUACUUGAAACGUUUAUUAGUGAUUCAAAGACUGGACAUGCCAAACAGUCAAAGGCCCUCACCCUUUUCCCUUUUCCAAAAUGGUGGCGUUGUAAAGUCAUCUAUGUUAGGGACGGCAAAUGGACACCUCUGGUCAAAGCCAAGACCAGUACGGGAUUGCCACAUGCAUUUCCAACUCGGUCAUGCCAAAACAAGGGGGAGCUAUGGAAACUGCCAUAUCCAUGGUACAAGGACCUGCAGGCAGGUCUCCUCGGGAGGUCAGAAUAUAUCUUCGACCUCUUCCACUCUGCUUUACUCCACUUUGUGGUCUUCCAGGCAUGCCUGUUGCCCACCCCUUUCAGGGUUUAUUAAGGUUGUCCUGACUGACCAGCAAUUGUGGGUAAAGGUGUAAACGUGUCAAAACUGAGAGACGCUGAUUACGUUCCAGGAUCAGGUCCACCAGCCAUGAAAGAGGCUGCCGUCUCUGCAGUUUCCGUCUACCUAACGACUUGAUUGGCCAGGGGAGUGCAACUUUGCUCUGCGUCUACUGAUGACGGAGGGUGCUAAAAACUUCUCACGCCUUAUAACAGUGCAACCAAGAGCACUUCCUUUGAAAAACAGGGCUCAGCAGAGCCUGCUGCGAUGUCACUGAAAUGCAUCUGAAUUUUUUAAAAACAGGAGCGAGUCAGUCAAGUGCAGCUGAUCACAUGUACCUUGGUCAAUAAGCUGGGUUCUGGUCAGGAGCAGACGGCAUCGUGUUCUCUUGACUUUGGUCAGAAAGUGGAUGGCAAGGGCAAGAACCCUUUUUCUACAGCUUUUGCACCGAGGCAGGAUGUGAGGAGUCCCUGCCAAACACACUGCGGCUCCAGGGAGGGUGGUAAGCGUCAGCCGUCCCCAAAGACCCAGCUGUUUCUCAUUUCCCUCCCUCUGUGUUCCUGGGUGGGGAUGAGAGAGAUUUCCUUCAUCAGGAGCCAGUACAGAAAACCACUAGCCAAGAAAGCUGACUUGUGUUGGGAGGCCUGCUUUUAAUUUGAGUUCGACUCACGUCAUGAGUUAGUGAAAUCCUACAAUUGCUUGCUUUCCAGAAAGUGGGAAAGUAACUCUGGUUGACAGUAAGCAAGACACAUUAACCUUGGGACCCGCUAAUCUCACUGGAUUUUAUUGGCUUCUGCUUGCAGGUGAGCAUGGGAAACAGCGAAAGGCAAUCGGUCUCGAGGCGGUCAUCAGCAAUCGGAGGAGACAGGCUUAAUUCUGCCCCGUUUUUUUCAUUUAUUCCUGCCAAAUUAGUUCCAAAACUGAUUCCAGGUUAAGCUGCCUGCAGUUCUCUCCAAGUUUGUUAUAUGAAAAGAAAUACUUUUUCUUUUUAAGGGCUGAAGUUUUUCAGACCUUACAACUCAGGGCAAAUGUCUACCAUCUCUCAAUUUAUGGCUGUCCCCUGUGAAAUGGGAGGCCAGAAUUUCUUGCAGGGGUGAAGAAUAGAUCCAUGAAUUGAAGGGUGGGGAAGCUGUUGUGCUACAGCAGCUCGGUUGAACAAAGUGGUCGCCAUUUUCAUUGGACUGAAUGUACAGUUUGACAAUCUUUACUUUUGGCAAAUGUAAUAAAAGGAGAAAAAAACAGAAGUUACUAAGGACUCGUUUCAGUGCA